CCUCGCCUUUGCUUUCGCUUCCCCGCCGCCUGCCUUUCCGGCUCGCGAGCGCAUGCGCGCAGCGGAAGGGGCAGUAUGGCGACUGGGGCGAAGCGAAGGAAGGUGGACGGGCCUUCAGAGCAUCGUCUGGAGGAGGAGGAGGAGGAGGACAGUGACGGCCAGGAGUCUGACUCGGACCUGGAGAGUGAUGGCGAGGAAGACGAAGAAGAAAUCAAUGAGGAAGUAAACAUUGAAUUUGAAGCUCGUACAAUAACUGACGGUGAUAAAAAUGGAAUUAAAAAAUUACUGCAACAGCUAUUUCUAAAGGCUCCUAUUAAUACAGGUGAUCUGACUGAUAUAUUGAUACAACAGAAUCAUAUUGGAAGUGUUAUCAAGCAAACAGAAGUUACAGAAGAAAGUGAUGAUGAAGAUGAUGAAGUUUUUGGCUUUAUAAGCCUCUUAAACUUAACAGAAAGGAAGGGUACCGAAUGUGCUGAGCAAAUUAAAGAACUGGUCUUCAGUCAGUGUGAAAAGAACUGUGAACAGAAUGUGGUUGAGCAGCUGGAUAAGCUUUUAAGUGACACCACUAAGCCUGUGGGCUUGCUACUAAGUGAAAGAUUCAUUAAUGUACCUCCCCAGAUUGCUCUACCCAUGCACCAGCAACUGCAGAAAGAACUAGCUGAAGCUCAAUGUACAAACAAACCUUGUGGCAAAUGCUACUUCUACCUUCUAAUCAGUAAAACACAUACGAAUAAGAAGAAUGCUAAAAAAAAAAGAAGUGGUGCCCACCAGAAAGAGGAGCUAAUGUUUUCAAAUGCUGAAGAAGAAUUUUUCUAUGAGCAAUCACUGCUGAAAUUCAGUUAUUCAGUAGAAGAAGAGAGUGACUCAUGCUUGGGAGGCAGAUGGUCUUUUGAAGAUGUACCUAUGAAACCUUUACGAACAGUGAUGGUAAUCCCUGCUGACAGUAUGAGUGCCAUCAUGGAGAAGCUCAAAGAAUAUCUUUCUGUCUAGACCACUUUCUAUGCAAACUGUAUUGUGAAGUCAUCCUGUAAGACUUUGACAUUUGAAUCAUAAAUGGACAUUUUUUAAAACUAGUUUGCAUUUUUUCAAGAUUUCCUUCAUAUUGUAAAAUGUCAGCUGUAUGUCUGCAACAUCUUUAUAAUCUGUGAGUUGUCAUUUAAAAAUAUGUAAUCAGAAUUUUUGAAUAAUUGUUAGUAUUUAUUUGCUGCAUACUUUUCUAAUCGGCUCUUGUGUGCUGAAUAUGAUAUUCUCCUAAUUUGUUGAAUUAUGACAGUCAUUUCUCUCUC